GGAGGAGCCUGCCCAUGUUUCAUUCGGGGAGGGAGAGAGAAAUGAAUACGCGGAGCACGCCCAUGGAAUUGACGAGCCCGGCCACGAACGAGGCCCUGUCCGAAAGCGCAGCGCAGGCGCAGGCCCCUUGCCCGUCCGAUUCGCCUCUGCUCUCUUGCUGCCUCACCGUCCUGACCGGUGGCUCGGAGGUCGAGCAGCCCGCAGCGCUGGUCGGUUCGACCCGCAGAUAGUUAUAGACCACGACGCCCCGAAGAGGAAGAAGAAGAAGGAGAAGAAGGAGAAGAAGAGGACGAAGAAGAAGAAGGAAGAAGAAGGAAGAAGGAAGAAGGAGCAGAAGGAGCAGAUUGCAACUUCUCCAACCGACUGGCUUUCUGUCGAGCCGGAAGGAGCCGAAGCUCUACCCGCCCGCGCGCCCGCGCGCCUGCCUGCCCGUUGCCAACUUUUCCCAUCCUUCCCGGGAGAACGACGACGAGAGCAAUUGCUCGAACCUGGACGAGCCUUUUCCACUUUCGGAUCCUUGUGCUCGCAUUGUGCUUGCGGGAGUGGGAGUCCGGGCCUGCACCGAGGGGAGAGUGCUUUUGGUGCGGGGUUGUCUGUUUCAGCUUGAAUUGCUGGUUUCCUUGGAUGCUUCCGCCUGGCUCCGCAGCAAGAGCGUUCUGCUCUGCUGCUGCUGCUGCUGAGUCGUCGUCGUCGUCGUCGUCUGCCUUUGCCGGUGUCUGUACGGUUCGGUUACAGAAUUCUGUGUGGGAAGAAGUGGAGACUCGAGAGGAAGUCUGGGUUAGCCGUGCCGUCGGCCACCGUAUGUAGGCAUGGCUAAUGCUGGCGAUGAGGAGGUGAAGACGCUGUUUCUCUCGGGGCUGCCUGAUGAUAUAAAGGAAAGGGAGAUUUACAACCUGUUUCGCAUUCAUAAGGGCUAUGAAUCCUGCCAGCUCAAAUAUUCGGGUCGUGGUUAUCAGAUAGUGGCCUUUGCUGUUUUUACUGAUCAACAGUCGGCUUUGGCAGCAAAAGAAGCUUUGAAUGGGCUUAAAUUUGAUCCUCAGACCGGGGCAACAUUACACAUUGAACUGGCGAGAGCAAAUUCACGGACAAAGAGAUCCCGCUCAGAGGAUAGUGGUCUCGGGGCGCUGGAGAAGAAAUAUAGGGGUCCCGUGGGGACCCCAGGAGCUUAUCCUGAUCCAGGGGUUGCCGGCACUGUGCACUUGCCUGGGAUGGUGCACUCGGUGUACAACGACAUGAGUGGGUUUCCACCCCCACAGAGCGGUGGUAUGGUUGGACCACCCCUUUACACUGGACAAGAAGGUCUCUCAAGCAUGAUGUUGGGACCUUCGUUGAUACCCCCUCCUCCAGCACCAGGGAGUAACCCUCCAUGCUCAACUCUGUUUAUAGCCAACCUGGGCCAAACGUGCACCGAGGAAGAAUUGAUUCAAGUGCUGUCAAGAUUCCCAGGUUAUCGGAAGAUAAAAAUGCAGAUUAAAGGCGGUCUCCCGGUCGCGUUUGUCGAGUUUCAGGACGUAAUGUGCUCCACCCAAGCACUUUCUCAGCUUCAAAAUUCAAUGCUCGCGUCAUCGGACAGAGGUGGAAUGCGACUCGAAUAUGCUAAAGCAAAAAUGGGACAACCUAGAAGAGAAAGAUUAUCAUCGACUCACCUAUGAAAGUGGUUUGCUUUCAACUGACGAUAUUGCGAUUGUGGGAGAAGAUCCAGGACUGACAGAAGAAUAAUCAAACAUGAAGAAUCAUGUUCUGCAAGAUCACCACUCUCUAACUAGAUAGGAAGAUGGCAAAGACCAAGGGUGAAGGAAAAAGCUACAUUUUUCCGGACGGUCAAUAUGUUUGAUUCUCACGAAGCUACUCCAUCAUCAUGCCUGCAGGGCAGCUGACAAAUAUAGUAUCUAUAUGCCUACACUGAUUUAGUUAUCUGGUCAUUAGAAAGCAAGUUUGCCAAUCAAAUUAUGUGAAUUUGGCCGCACUGCACAUGGUAUAUUAAGACAUGGUCAUGACUCUCCUCUCUGUGCUGGUGUGAGAUGCAUGAAACAAUUGCUGUAGACACUAAGAUCAAUACCUGAGUAAAAUUGUGGCAAUAAAAAGUGGUCGCGUUGAGUUCAGCA